AUGGAUGAGGCCAUUCGCUCCUUCGCAGAGAAGGUCUUUGCCUCUGAGGUGAAAGAUGAAGAGGAGAGGCGAGAGAUCUCUCCUUUUGAUGUGGAAGACAUCUGCCCCAUCUCACGUGAGGAAAUGAGAGUGCACAUGAUACGUCAGGAGAGCUCUAUCACACAAGAAAAGCGGAAGAAGCGCCUGCUCCGAAGCCAGACAAUUGCUUUUGCAGUCCCUGGGUCUCAGAAGUCUCCAACCAAACUGUCCACUAUUGCUGAGGUCGUCCCUACCUCCCCCCUGUAUGAGACUGUGCCUGACUUCCAGCGGGUGCAGAUCACAGGGGAUUAUGCCUCUGGGGUGACAGUAGAAGAUUUUGAAGUUGCCUGCAGAGGCCUGUACCGUGCCCUGUGCAUCCGGGAGAAGUACCUGCAGCAGUCUUUGCAGCGGUUCCCCAGGACCACAUCUCAGUACCUGCGCACUAUCGAAGGCGAGGUCUGGAGGCCAAUGCCUCAUUGGUGCUCUCCUUUUGGUCCAGUGUUCACUCCGCCAGUGAAGGAUGGGCAGGAUCCCUUUGAAAAUGAGAGUCUCCCAGAGGAUUUGGGAUACCACAUCCAGAUGAAGGAUGGGGUAGUUUACAUCUAUGAAGACAAGGCAGCAGUUGGCAGAAACGAGCCAAAGGACCUGUCCUAUCCCAUCCUCGAGAGCUUCAUUGAUGACAUGAACUUCCUCUUGGCCCUGGUUGCGCAGGGACCUGUUAAGACCUACACUCAUCGGCGCCUGAAGUUCCUCUCAUCCAAGUUCCAAGUGCAUGAAAUGCUGAAUGAGAUGGAGGAGAUGAAAGAGCUGAAGAACAACCCCCACCGGGACUUCUACAACUGCCGGAAGGUGGACACACAUAUCCAUGCUGCAGCCUGCAUGAGCCAGAAGCAUCUUCUGCGUUUUAUCAAGAAAUCAUACUAUGUGGAUGCUGACCGUGUAGUUUAUGAUGCCAAGGGCACACAGCUCACUCUCAAACAGCUUUACGAGAAGCUCAGGCUGCACCCCUAUGACCUGACAGUGGAUUCCCUGGAUGUCCAUGCUGGGCGGCAGACCUUCCACCGCUUUGACAAGUUCAAUGCCAAGUACAACCCCGUGGGAGCCAGCGAGCUGCGAGACCUCUAUCUGAAGACAGAGAACGCCAUCAAUGGCGAGUACUUUGCUACCAUCAUCAAGGAGGUUGGCUCUGAUCUGGAGGAGGCCAAGUACCAGUAUGCGGAGCCUCGCCUCUCCAUCUACGGGAGGUCAGCUGAGGAGUGGCCCAAGCUAGCCAACUGGUUCAGCAGACAUCGAGUCUAUUCCCCCAACAUGAAGUGGAUGAUCCAAGUGCCCAGGAUUUAUGAUGUGUUCAGGUCUAAGAAUUUUCUCCCACACUUUGGGAAGAUGCUGGAAAAUAUCUUUGUUCCUGUGUUUGAGGCAACUGUCAAUCCUCGAGCUCACAAAGAGCUCAGUGUCUUCCUACGCCACAUCACUGGCUUCGACAGCGUGGAUGAUGAAUCCAAGCAUAGUGGACACAUGUUCUGCACUAAAAGCCCAAAGCCAGAGCAGUGGAAUUCUGAGAAGAACCCAUCCUACACCUACUAUUUAUACUACAUGUAUGCCAACAUCCUGGUGCUUAACAACCUGCGCAGGCAGCGUGGUAUGAACACGUUCCUCUUCCGUCCACACUGUGGGGAAGCUGGGGCCCUCACACAUCUGCUUACAGCCUUCAUGACAGCAGAUAAUAUCUCCCACGGUCUCAACCUCAAGAAGAGUCCAGUGUUGCAGUAUCUGUACUUCCUUGCCCAAAUUCCCAUUGCUAUGUCCCCACUCAGCAACAACAGCCUCUUCCUGGAGUAUGCAAAGAGUCCAUUGCCUGACUUCCACCAGAAGGGUCUCAUGGUGUCCCUUUCUACAGAUGACCCCAUGCAGUUUCAUUUCACAAAGGAGCCCCUGAUGGAGGAGUACGCCAUUGCUGCUCAGGUCUUCAAGCUCAGCACCUGUGACAUGUGUGAAAUUGCCAGGAACAGUGUCCUGCAGUGUGGCCUGUCCCACGAGGAGAAAGUCAGGUUCCUGGGUGAGAACUACCAGGAAGAGGGGCCAGAAGGCAACGAUAUCCGGAAGACAAACGUGGCUCAAAUCCGCAUCGCCUACCGCUACGAGACGUGGUGCUACGAGCUCAACCUCAUCGCCGAGGGCCUGAAAAACGACUAGGAGUUGGGGUGGACUCUGGGGUCUCGGGCCAGCGGCCCGGCGUGCCGGGGGCCGCGCUGGAAGCCGGGUUGGCGGCGGCGGGCGCACAGUAAAAGGCAGUGUACGAGCAGCCAGGAGCCUGC